AUGGCCAGCGAUAACACAUGUUGGAAAACAACAGUUAUAAUCAGCUCCUCUUCGCAGUGUGAUGAGGCUUCACGGAUGCUUUUAGCACAGCAGCACAGGAUUCGCCGAUCAGAUAGCAUUCUAGACUCUUCCUUCGUUUUCCCCUUGUCAGGUACAGCUUUCUUGCUUGUGACACCUGAAGAGUUUCCAGCUAAUCUUGAGAAUGUAGAACCAAUUGAGAGAAUGGAAAGAUUUGUGCAGAUCCACAGAAACAGUUUUCUUCUGCUUCAAGCCCCAGUUUAUGGAAAAAAAGAGUGGGAGAUUUUAUCACUGCUGCAGAACAGAUUUCUUGGCUGUAACCUCAGAGUCAUACCUGUGCAUAGUACUGCUGAAGCAGUGAAUGGAAUGCUGAUCAUCGCUAAGGCCACAAGUAAACCCACUGUGGAAAAUUUCAGAGAUCAGAUGUCUGUGGCUUGUACUCUCAUCGUAGAUCAUAGUCCAGUUUGGGGAAUGCUUCAGGAUAUGCAGUUCAAGUGA